AUAUAUGAAGCAUUAAGGAACUAAUUCAGUUGGGCGGCACACGUUCAGUCGUUAGCGGUGAUCUAUCUGGUGAAGAACGCGUUAGAGCAGCAAACUUCAAUAUGGACAUUGAUGAGGAUCUGACCCCCGAGCAAAUCGCAGUGCUGCAGAAGGCAUUCAACAGCUUUGAUCAUCAGAAAACCGGCAGCAUACCCACUGAGAUGGUUGCCGAUAUUCUGCGUCUGAUGGGUCAGCCCUUCGAUAGGCAGAUUCUGGAGGAGCUCAUCGAUGAGGUGGAUGAGGACAAGUCCGGUCGCCUGGAAUUCGAGGAGUUUGUGCAGCUGGCUGCCAAGUUCAUUGUGGAGGAGGAUGACGAGGCCAUGCAGAAGGAGCUGCGUGAGGCUUUCCGCCUGUAUGACAAGCAGGGCAAUGGCUACAUUCCCACCUCGUGCUUGCGUGAGAUUCUGCGUGAGUUGGACGACCAGCUGACCAAUGAGGAAUUGGACAUUAUGAUUGAGGAAAUCGAUUCUGACGGCUCCGGCACUGUUGACUUUGAUGAAUUCAUGGAAAUGAUGACAGGCGAAUAAACAAAACAACUAUUUAUUUUCAUAUUUACAUCAAAGCAGUCUACAAUUGGAGGCUGCUACAAAAUAAACACACACACAUUUUUAUAAUACUUGGCGCUGUUUUAUAACUAAA